AUGGGGAAUAAAUUUAGAGAAGAGUUUGUGGAUUCAACUGUGGAGGAGAAGAGGUUGAAGGAAAAUAGGAAUCAUGAAAAAUAUUGGUAUCGUUGGGGUCCAUAUUUGAGUGAGCGGAGCUGGGCUACGGUGCGUGAAGAUUACUCGUACAAUGGUGAUGCUUGGUCACAUUUUCCCUUUGAGCAUGCCAAUGCAAGAGUCUUUAGAUGGGGGGAAGAUGGAUUAUUCGGUGUCUCUGAUAAUAAACAAUUCGUUUGUACCAAUGUUGCGUUAUGGAAUGGUAAAGAUUGUAGAUUGAAGGAGAGGCUGUUUGGUUUGACCAAUUCUCAGGGGAAUCAUGGUGAAGACGUAAAGGAAUUGUACUAUUAUUUGGACAAUACGCCAACUCAUUCGUACAUGAAAGCACUGUAUAAGUAUCCAUUCAAGAAAGCCUUCCCCUAUGAGCAAAUUAUUGAAGAGAAUGGUAAAAGAGGAUUUAACGAUAAGGAAUUUGAGAUAUACGAAAUUGAUGGUCUAUAUCAGGAAAAGGAAACUGGCGACAGUCCGUAUUUUGAUGUUUUUUACGAAAUGGCUAAAGGCGAUGAUAACCCAGAUGAUUUAAACUUCAGAUUAACCAUUUAUAACAGAAGCAAAAAAGAUUCUGGGGAACUAUAUGUAUCACCGCAGAUUUUUUUUAGAAAUACUUGGGCAUGGCAGGGAAAUAAGGAAAAGCCCAUUUUAAAAAGGGAUGAUAAAGCAACGAAUUUAGUUCAUGUUGCUCAUGAAAAGUACGGUCACCGUCAAAUUGUGUUUCAACCUUCUCCUGGUUUAUUCACUGAAAAUUCAGAUGAGCAAAGUGAUGUGGAUGAUAUUGAUCCUUCAUUACUUUUCACUGAAAAUGAACCAAAUCUAGUGAAAUUAUUUGAUAAUGAGAAAAAUCCAUCAGAAUUUUGUAAAGACGCUUUUGAAGAGUAUUUAGUUAAUGGUAAGGAAGACGCGGUCAAUCCAGAUAAUGAAGGCACAAAAGCUUGCGCAGUUUAUCAUUUCAAGAAUGUUCCUCCAGGAGAAUACGUGACGGUAAGAUAUAAAUUCACCAACGACUUUGAGUCCAGUAUCUUCCAUACUGACGAUUCGGCCGUUAUUGAUGAAGAUAAAUUUGACACCACUUUUGAUAACCGUGCAGAAGAGGCUGAUAACUUCUACUGGAGAAUCACCCCAUUGCCCAUAAGUGACGAACUCAAAAAAAUCCAAAGGCAGGCCUUUGCUGGAUUAUUAUGGACGAAACAGUUUUACAAUUUGACUUUUGAUGCGUGGUAUAAUGGUGAUUCAAGUAUUAAACCAUCACCACCACCAAAUAGAGCUAAUGGAAGAAAUAAGAAUUGGAAGCAUUUAUAUAUUGAAGAUAUUCUUUCAAUGCCUGAUAAAUGGGAAUAUCCAUUUUUCGCAUCGUGGGAUACUGCGUUCCAUUGUAUUCCAUUUGCGAUGAUUGAUCCAGAUUUUGCCAAAAGACAAUUGGAUCUUUUGACAAGAGAAUGGUAUAUGCAUCCAAAUGGUCAAAUCCCAGCGUACGAGUGGAAUUUCAAUGACGUUAACCCACCAGUACACGCUUGGGCAGUCUUUCGUGUUUAUAAAACUGAGAGAAAUUUAUUUGGUCGUGAAGAUAGGGUAUUUUUGGAACGUGUCUUUCAAAAAUUGCUGUUGAAUUUUACUUGGUGGGUUAACCGUAAAGAUUCUGAUGGGAACAAUGUGUUUGAAGGUGGAUUCUUAGGUUUAGAUAAUAUUGGUAUUUUCAAUAGAAGUGAACCACUACCUACUGGCGGUAAAUUGGAGCAGGCCGACUCUACUGGUUGGAUGGCCUUCUUCUGUUUACAAAUGUUGAACAUUGCUCUGGAAUUGGCCAAAGAAAAUCCUGUUUAUGAAGAUAUUGCAUCAAAAUUCUUCGAGCACUUUAUUUUGAUUAGUGACUCGAUGUCGUUUGAAUAUUUAAUUGACAAUACCGGUGAAAGUUGCCAAAAAAUUAUCAAACAAAAUUUAUGGAACGAAAGGGAUCAGUUUUAUUACGAUGCAAUUUCUUGGGGCGGCCCAAAUAGAGAACAAAUACCGGUCAGAUCGCUUGUGGGAUUGAUUCCAUUAUACGCAGCUAUGACUUUAGAACCAAAAUUACUAGAUCAGUUUCCUAGUUUCAAAAAAAGAGUCAAUUGGUUCAUUGAUAAUAGACCUGAAAUCGUUGACAGAAAUAUAGCUUCAAUGACCAAAAGGGGAGUUGGUGAAAGAAUGCUUCUAUCCCUUGUCAAUGAAGAUAGACUGAAAGCUAUUUUAAGUCGUAUGCUUGAUGAAACAGAGUUUCUGUCACCCUAUGGUAUAAGAUCCUUAUCGAAAUAUCAUGAAGAGCAUCCCUUUGAAAUGAAUGUUCAUGGAGAACAAUACAUUGUUAAGUAUUUACCUGGUGAAUCCGAUUCUGGAAUGUUUGGCGGAAAUUCCAACUGGAGAGGGCCUAUUUGGUUUGCAACAAGUUUUUUAAUUAUUGAAUCUCUGCAAAGAUUCUAUUUGUACUAUGGCUCCGAGUUUAAAGUCGAAUGUCCAACAGGAUCUGGAGAUUAUUUAAAUUUGGCUGAAGUCGCAGAGGAACUGGGUUGUCGCAUGAUACAUUUAUUUGUCCCUGAUGAAAAUGGGGAACGUGCUAUCAAUUACGGUGAAUACGCAACAUUCUUAUCGACUGAUGAGCAUUUCAAGGACUUGAUUCCUUUCUACGAGUACUUCGAUGGUGAUACUGGUAGAGGCUUAGGAGCAUCUCAUCAAUGUGGCUGGACCGCUUUGGUAGCUAAAUGGAUUAGUGACGUGGGCGUUUCCUGUGUUAGACUGCCACGAACGGCUCGUUCUUCCUCAAAUGCUGCUUCAAGAGGGUCAACUCCAUUUCCCGAAGAGAGCAAUACAAAUAGAAUAAGAAGAAUGGCUAGACGUAAAAGUGCAAAAUCAUUGAUUAAUUUUACAGCUGCAGUCUUAGACUUAACCGAGGAAGAAAAACAACAAUACAGAAUCGGUGCGGCCAAUUCGGGCUUAACACCACAAACAAGUGGAACUUCUAAUAAACGGGAGGAAGAAAUAGAUGAAGACUUGGAUAAUAAAUCUAUUUUAGAUUCAAAAAAUCCUCAUAAGUCAGAGUCAAAAAUAAUUAGUUCACUCAAGUCGAAGAUGAGAAAAUUCAAAUUCGGUGAGAAAGAUGCAAGUGAGGAGCGUGAAUCUGAAUUAACCUAA